AGAGGGAAGAAGCACAGAAUUCCUCAAUUCCCGGUGUGCCCAUGAGUAAGAGCAAAUGCUCUGUGGGACUCAUGUCUUCCGUGGUGGCCCCGGCUAAGGAACCCAACGCCAUGGGCCCAAAGGAGGUGGAGCUCAUCCUUGUCAAGGAGCAGAACGGAGUGCAGCUCACCAGCUCCACCCUCACCAACCCACGGCAGAGCCCCGUGGAGGCCCAGGAUCGGGAGACCUGGGGCAAGAAGAUCGACUUUCUCCUGUCCGUCAUUGGCUUUGCUGUAGACCUGGCCAACGUCUGGCGGUUCCCCUACCUGUGCUACAAAAACGGCGGGGGUGCCUUCCUGGUCCCCUACCUGCUCUUCAUGGUCAUUGCUGGGAUGCCACUUUUCUACAUGGAGUUGGCCCUUGGCCAGUUCAACAGGGAAGGGGCCGCUGGCGUCUGGAAGAUCUGCCCCGUACUGAAAGGUGUGGGCUUCACGGUCAUCCUUAUCUCGCUGUAUGUCGGCUUCUUCUACAACGUUAUCAUCGCCUGGGCACUGCACUACCUCUUCUCCUCCUUCACCACGGAGCUCCCCUGGAUUCACUGCAACAACUCCUGGAACAGCCCCAACUGCUCGGAUGCUCCACCUGGCGACUCCAGUGGCAACAGCCCGGGCCUCAACGACACUUUUGGGACCACACCUGCUGCCGAGUACUUCGAGCGUGGCGUGCUGCACCUCCACCAGAGCCAUGGCAUCGACGACCUGGGGCCUCCACGGUGGCAGCUCACAGCCUGCUUGGUGCUGGUCAUCGUGCUGCUCUACUUCAGCCUCUGGAAGGGUGUGAAGACCUCGGGGAAGGUGGUAUGGAUCACAGCCACCAUGCCAUACGUGGUCCUCACUGCCCUGCUCCUGCGUGGGGUCACCCUCCCUGGGGCUAUAGACGGCAUCAGAGCGUACCUGAGCGUUGACUUCUACCGGCUCUGCGAGGCAUCUGUUUGGAUCGACGCGGCCACCCAGGUGUGCUUCUCCCUGGGCGUGGGGUUUGGGGUCCUGAUCGCCUUCUCCAGCUACAACAAGUUCACUAACAACUGCUACAGGGACGCGAUAGUCACCACCUCCAUCAACUCCCUGACGAGCUUCUCCUCCGGCUUCGUCGUCUUCUCCUUCCUGGGGUACAUGGCACAGAAGCACAGCGUGCCCAUCGGGGACGUGGCCAAGGACGGGCCGGGGCUGAUCUUCAUCAUCUACCCGGAGGCCAUCGCCACACUCCCGCUGUCCUCAGCCUGGGCCGUGGUCUUCUUCAUCAUGCUGCUUACCCUGGGUAUCGACAGUGCUAUGGGCGGUAUGGAGUCGGUGAUCACCGGGCUCAUCGACGAGUUCCAGCUGCUGCACAGACACCGUGAGCUCUUCACGCUCUUCAUUGUCCUGGCGACCUUCCUUCUCUCCCUGUUCUGUGUCACCAAUGGUGGCAUCUAUGUCUUCACACUCCUGGACCAUUUUGCAGCUGGCACGUCCAUCCUCUUUGGAGUGCUCAUUGAAGCCAUCGGAGUGGCCUGGUUCUACGGCGUCGGGCAGUUCAGCGAUGACAUCCAGCAGAUGACCGGGCAGCGGCCCAGCCUGUACUGGCGGCUGUGCUGGAAGCUGGUCAGCCCCUGCUUCCUCCUGUUCGUGGUUGUGGUCAGCAUCGUGACCUUCAGGCCCCCCCACUACGGAGCCUACAUCUUCCCCGACUGGGCCAAUGCGCUGGGCUGGGUCAUCGCCACGUCCUCCAUGGCCAUGGUGCCCAUCUAUGCAGCCUACAAGUUCUGCAGCCUGCCUGGGUCCUUUCGAGAGAAACUGGCCUACGCCAUUGCGCCCGAGAAGGACCGCGAGCUGGUGGACAGAGGGGAGGUGCGCCAGUUCACGCUCCGCCACUGGCUCAAGGUAUAGAGGGAGCAGAGACGAAGACCCCGGGAAGUCAUCCCGCGAUGGGAGAGACACGAACAAGCCAAGGAAAUCUGAGUUUCAAGAGAAAGGAGGGCAACUUCUACUCUUCAACCUCUACUGAAAACACAACCAACCAAGCAGAAGACUCCUCUCUUCUGACUGUUUACGCCUUUCCGUGCCGGGAGCGCACCUCGCCGUGUCUUGUGUUGCUGUAAUAAAGACGUAGAUCUGUGCAGUGAGGUCCACCCCAUUCCCGUCCCUGCAGGGCAGAAAAAUGUCUAACUUCAUGCCGUCUGUGUGAGGCUGGCUCCCUCCCUCCCUGCUCCCUGCUCCCGGCUCCGAGGCUGCCCCAGGGGCACUGUGUUCUCAGGCGGGGAUCACGAUCCUUGUAGACGCACCUGUGCUGAGAAUCCAAGAAUCCCUGUGCUCACAGUAGCUUCCUAGACCAUUUACUUUGCCCAUAUUAAAAAGCCAAGUGUUCCGCUUGGUUUAGCUGUGCAGAAGGUGAAAUGGAGGAAACCACAGAUUCACGCCAAGUCCUUUCCUGACGCGUGGCUCCCAGCAGAGGCUGUAAACUGAGCGUUCAGUUGACACAUCGCAGUCUGUUCAGAGGCAUUGGAGGACAGGGGUCCUGGUACGUCUCACCAGGAAAUUCUGUUUAUGUUCUUGUAGCAGAGAGAAAUAAAACUCCUUGAAACCAGCUCAGGCUACUGCCACUUGGGCAGCCUGUGGGUCCUUUCAGUGUAGGGAAAGCCUUGGCAGGAGCAUGUCCUAUUCCCGGACGCAUGCAGGGCCCCGCAGGAGCAUGUACUACCCCAGGACGCAUGCAGAGCCCCCAC